AAAAGAGGACGUCGUCUCUUAAAUCAAAACAUUUGGCCUUUUUGCUAUUGGCGUAGCUCUGAGCCUCUAACCUCUCUCAGCCAUUUCUCAUUUCUCAGAGAGAGACACUACUCCGUCGCGGAAAAAAAAAAAAAAAAUAGAAAAGGAAAAAAGUGAAGGCUUAGAGUAGUGAGGGACACUAUGCAUGUUGGCAGCAGGCGCAAGUAGAAGUAGUGAUUGAGAGAAAAAGGCAAACACAUAGGCAAAUUGCUCCAACUUAGCCAAUUAGGGGUGCUUCCGAAAGUGGCCCUCAAAAGGUCUUUGAGUAUGAUUUGAAGUAGUUGAUUUUAUUUUUUGAAGAGCAAGUGACAUGGUGAGAUGUGAGUUGUGUGAGAUUAUGGUGUGCUAGAGAAUUUUGGCAGAGAAAAUGGCAGCGGAGUCCAAUUCUGGGUUUCGCCGGGACGAAGCUUUGGGUUCUGCUUUCAAGCGGCCUGCUAUGUCCUUUCAUUCCGACGCAAUAAAUAAUUCAUCUGAGAUGAUUCCGAUGGGGAGUUUCUUUGGGAUGAAUGCUAGUACUAGUACUGUAAUGUUGCCAGGGACUUCCAGCAUGAUUAACAACAGUCCUGGAAUUCUUCAUGUUCAGGCUGUCAAUUCUUCUGCUUCUUCUCUUCUUCUUGAUUCUGCUGCUGGCCUCAAGCAUGAUACUGGCUUGGCUGUUGAGUGGUCUGUUGACGAACAAUACAAAUUGGAGGAAGGCCUUAACAAGUUUGCUGAUGAACCAAGUAUUAUGAGAUACAUUAAGAUUGCGGCAACCUUGCCUGAUAAGACUGUACGUGAUGUUGCAUUGAGGUGUAGGUGGAUGACGAGAAAACGAAGGAAAGCAGAGGAAUAUAAUUUGGGAAAGAAGGUCAAUAAUAGGAAGGAUAAGCUGGUGGAAUCAUCAUCAAAGAUGAAUAUAUCUUCAGCUGUGCCACAGAACAUGCCUGUGUAUCCUCUAAUGACACACCAUGUAGACCAUGGCAAUACCUUGUCUUUUGAAGAAUUAAGCGGCACAUCCAGGCAUCUCUUGGAACAAAAUGCUCAAGCUUUUAGUAAAAUAACAGCUAACCUUUCAACAUUCAAGUUACAGGAUAAUAUUGACCUCUUCUGUUGCACAAGGAACAAUAUUAGUGCCAUCCUGAAUGACAUGAGAGAGAUGCCUGGCAUAAUGAGCCAGAUGCCACCACUGCCUGUAUCAAUUAACGAGGAUCUUGCAAAUAGUAUAUUACCAACGACAACUCAGACAAUGAUGUUUGGCUCGCCUAGUGGGAUACAACUGAAGCAAGAGCCAAGGUGCUGAUGGAGAAUUUGUGGAGGUGAAUUCAUCUGGUCUGUGUAAGUACCAAAAUUUUACUAGUGUAAAUGCUAAGCAGUUUGGUAGGAGGCGGUUCUUCAUUUCGUGUACACAUACUCAUCACAGUUUACGGGUCCCACAAUGGAAAAAAUUUGUAGAGAUCCCAUUUUUGGAACCUUAAAUGUUUACCUUGCUAGGUAUUGAAAUCGAACCAAAGCACCAGAAUCUCAUAAAUAAGAAUGCCGACUGUCCAUUGUUCCUGCACUCCAGGGAGAAUCUUUAACCAGAUUACUAUAAUUUAUUUUUCAGUCGAAUUUUGUGCUUGUGUAAAAAUUUGCAAGACUGACACCUUGGAGUGUAAUAUUUGGUGCUUUGAUUUUUAACUAUCUCUAGAUUUUAUGUUCUUGGUAUCGCAUGUACCUAUUAUUAUUAGAUCAAUGCAAAUGCUUGACAAAGUUUUAUUUC